UCACAGGAAAUUCUGGCGCAAUAUUAGAACACAUUGACCUAGAAUCAUUAUGGCUUGUGUUAAAUUCUCCCUAAUGGCUGUGUUCUUGGUCGUGAUGGUCAAUGCCAUUCCUACACAAGUGUCCAGGGACCACACGUGCACUCAUGAUAAUGAAUUCAUGUGUAUGACUGACGGCCAUGACACCUGUCUACCCAUGGAGUGGAGGUGUGACACAGAAAUUGACUGUGACGGGGGAGUUGACGAGCAGGGCUGUCCGCCAGUAACUUGUCAGGCGGAUGAAUUCAAAUGUGACAAUGGUAAUUGCAUCCCCGAAUCUUUUGUUUGUGACGGUGAUCGUGACUGCCGUGAUCGAACAGAUGAAGCGGGUUGCCGUGCUCGAAAUCAGGUAAGUCUGUUAUGUCCAAAAUGGAAUUGGGUAAAGAUUCGAAAUUCUAGACACACCUUUCCCAAAUUCACCAAUUUUAUUGUCAAUUGAUGUGCGUAGAUGCAUACAAGGAUAUAAAGACAUAUUAAAUUACGAAUAUACAUGUAGGCCUACUUUAGAUAUACAGUAGCGGGUUAAGAGAAGGUUUACGGGGGUUUUGUCUAUGCCUUUGGUUGAAUAUUGUUAACGAAAGUUGACUUUCUUGCCAUGCAUUUUGGGCUCUUCCACCCCCCACCCACCCCCCUUAAGUUUAAACUUGGUUUGCAUCCCCCCUUGAAAAUUUUCUGGAUCCGCCCCUAAAUAAAUAUCCCGCGUGUGAAUAGAAAAUGAGAUGAAGGUAAGGACCCCCCCCCCCUCUCCAGCUUUCCGGACAUUAUUUGCAAUUUAAUGCAUGUGAAAUUUACAUUGAAAAUGAGUGAAAAUUGGGCAAGAUUAAUAUGCACUCUAUCCAAUAACCUUGGUUCCCAGUAGUUUGACAUUUGGAACAUUAACCUCUAGAUAUUGGUUCUGGGUUGAAACUCUGGCUCUGGGUUCUACAUAUUUGGUUCUGAGCCAAUCUAAUUAAAAUUAAAAGUUAGAUCCGCUCGCAUACACUCGUAUAAUAUAUGCGAGCGGAUCUAACAUAUACUUUUAAUUGGAUUGGAUCUCAGUAUUCUUAUUUGUUAUCAAUAUUUGUGCCGGACAUUGGAAUGCUUUGUUAUUAAGCUUAAAUACACGCGUAUAUCUAGAAAAUGUUUACCCACCUUCUACUUUGUUCUUUGGUUCAACGUGUUAUUGAGAGUUUAAAUUUUACUUUGGUUUUCUUUUCCAGCGAAAUCGUUCGUAACUUUGGUGCAAUUCAGGGAGUGAACUUGUUGCCUUACGUCACAUGUAAACAACACUGCUUCUCUGACGAACACGCAAUCGCCAUCACCCCCGACCUCUUUGAAACCAUUAGGAUAACUUACACUGCAGCUCUAACUGACCACAGCCUGAAGACACAAAAUUACCAAGUUUCGUGCACUCCGCCCCCCGUUUCCUGUAUUCGUUUUUAUAAACAUAUGCAUGGACUCUAUCAACUGGACUCUGACCAACGACUGAAUUUUUUUUAUUGUUUAUUGUUUAUACUUUUAUUGAACAAAUGAGAUUAUUUAUUUUGAUUUUACAUGUAAUAAACAUAUACAUUUCUUAAA